CAUUCGUCAAAAUGUCUGGACGUGGCUACGGUGAUCUGCCCAUUCGAGGCGGCCGUGGUGGUGGUGAUCGUGGGGGGCUCCCGAGGCCGCGGCGAUGGUGGCUCAAGCGGCCGUGGCAGUGACCGCGGUUACAGCGGUGAUCGGGGUUACAGCGGUGAUCGAGGCCGUGGCAGUGACCGUGGCGGUGGUCGUGGUGGACGUGGCGGGUCUGAACCCCCUUCUGGAAUGUUGACAGACCCGGUUGAAGCUCCCAGCGCGCGAGUCCAGGCCUUGGAGGACAAGUGCAUUACAGAGUCAGCAAAGGCUCGUCCAGAAUCCAACAUUUUGGCUCGGCGUCCUGGCUAUGGUACUCAAGGCCGUCCGACUGUGCUUCGUGCCAACUUCUUCCCCAUGGAGUUCAAGCCGAACAUCAGGUUCUAUUCCUAUCGGCUGAAGAUCAAGCCCGAGGCGAAGAAAGGGCAACAAAAGUUCGUUCUUGAGAGCAUGUUCCGCAAAUACACUCUGUUCAACCAAGGAAUCGGCGUUGCCACUGAUGGGGCCACUGAGAUUGUUACGACUGAGCGACUCCCCAAGGACCGAGUGCCAUUCCGUUGUUCCAUGGGCGGCGGAAGUGGGACAUCGAAAGCCUACACCGGCCCUUGGGAGGCCACUUUGACACUGGAAAACUCUUAUUCUCCAGCUGAAGUCCUUGCGUACCUUGAGGACGCCAAUCACCGAGAGGAAGUGCCGAAUGAAGCGCCCAGUCUCCGAGUACUCAACAUUCUCAUGAGUGCCUACGCCUACAAUGAUCCCGGCGUCGUCAUCAUUGGCAAGGGCCGAAACAAAUUCUUCCGGAUCGACAAGGGAAAGCAGUCCAUGGACAUCAGGGGUGGUCUCGAAGCGAUUCGUGGUUACUACUCGAGUGUCCGUCUUGGUGCUGGACGAAUCUUCCUCAAUUUGAAUGUUAGCCACGGGGCAUUCUUCCGUCCAUGUUUGCUGACACAAAUAAUCGAUGACUUCGCAUAUGUCCACGGAAGAGAGAAGAAUUUCCUGCACCGGGUCCUGAAGGGCUUGAAAGUGCACGUCCUGCAUCUGAAGACUCGAGAGAACGGAUCUGGGGAGAAUGAAAAACCCGUUAAAACAAUCCUCGGAGUUCCAGAUAUGGCAGCUAGUGCGAAGAGCGUGUCAUUCUGGAUGGGAGAUGAGAAGAAGGGACAAUACGUGACGGUUGCCGAGUACUUCGCCAGACAGUACAACAGGCCACUGGAGAGGGCAGAGAAAAUGCCAGUUGUGAACGUUGGGACGUCUGACCGUCCCGUUUACAUUCCUGCGGAGCUUUGCGAAGUCCUCCCCGGGCAACCCUGCACGGCGGAGCUAGGACUCAUCCAACGACAGAACAUGAUCAAGUUCAGCUGCCGCCGUUCUCCUCAGAACUAUGACUCCAUUAUGACCGAAGGACUGAAGCUCAUGGGAAUCUCCGGAGGACAUACCAAGGCGGUAGGAAUCAAGCCCGGCAAGGAGAUGAUCACUAAGACCACUAACCCUCGAAAUGGCUCGUGGAAUUUGGUCAACACAAAAUUUUCCCAGUGCGCCAACAUCAGCAAAUGGACCGUUCUUUGGAUUCGGAAGCGCGGUCCCAAGGAAGAUGGAAGUCCUAUUCCCAUGAUGGACGGAUUCUACCGGAAAAUGCGUGACCAUGGCCUGACGCUUCCGCCGUUCGAUAAACCGCAUCGCGAGGUCUUUCUCGGCCUGGAUGAUAGAGAGAAUCGAAGUCUGCUCAAAGACACGUUUAAAGAUAUCGCGAACAAGUCGUAUCCCUUUUUGGUUGUUGUGCUUCCUAGCACAGAAGGCAAAAACUUUGACUACGUCAAGUAUGCCGGAGAUCUUAAGACGGGCAUCCUUACCCACUGCAUGUUGUACGACAAGGUCAUCAAGGCCAAUGAGCAAUACUGGAGUAAUAACGCUAUGAAGGUCAAUUUGAAAAUGGGAGGAAUCAAUCAACUCCUGCAGCCGGCGAACGCACGCUUCAUUGGUGCAGGGAAGAGCACCAUAGUCGUUGGCUUGGAUGUCACUCAUCCGUCGAGUGCAGACCCGGAGGUCUUCCCCAGUGUUGCUUCCAUUGUUGCCUCUACUGAUUAUCGUAUGGGACAAUGGCCCGGUGAGGUUCGAGCCCAGAUGCGCCGUCAAGAACACGUUGAAUUCCUCAAGGAUAUGAUGCUUGGCCGGCUGCACUUGUGGCAAAAGAACAACAAUGGCAACUUGCCCCAAAAAAUUCUCGUGUACCGUGACGGUGUUAGCGAGGGUCAAUACAACAUGGUCCUUACGGAGGAACUUCCAAAGAUCCAAGCUGCUGCCAAAGCGGUAUACCGUGGAGCCAUGCCCAACAUCACCAUCGUUGUCUGUGGAAAACGCCACAACGUGCGCUUCUACCCUACCAACGCGAGGGACCAAGAUAGAACAUCCAACCCACUCAACGGAUGUGUUGUUGACCGCGGAGUAACUCGCCCUAUGUACUGGGACUUCUACCUGCAAGCCCAGGCUCCGCUCCAGGGUUCCGCUCGUCCAGCUCACUACAUUGUCAUCCACGAUGAGAUUUUCACAAAUUCCAAGGCCAAUCCGGACCGCAAGCCCGUUGAUGUGCUGCAAGAAGUUACUCACAACAUCUGUUACAUGAUGGGCCGGGCUACUCGAUCGAUCAGUUACAGCACUCCUGCUUUCCUGGCUGACAAGUUCUGUGAUCGUGGCCGGAAGUAUCUGUUGGCUAUCUACCAUGACAAUAAUCAGCAGAUCUACGACUCGGAGAAGUUCACAGGUGAUACCUUGAAUAUCUCGCGCAAUUGCCCGAACAGCAUGGUCUACAUCUAA